AUGUCGUUGCUACUUUCUCCUCGGAAAUAACACUUCCCUUAACCCCUACAAGAACUGCUAAACCACAGAAGCUCACAAAAAAUCACAGGAACUUCCACUGCAAAAGAAGCUUCAAUGGCAUCCUUGUUAGUCUCCAUCAGUUUCCCUAUGCCUCUCUCCGCCCCUAAAUUCUCAUUCAAGGAAUUACAACUAAGGAAAUCAGCUGUUACUAGACUUUCAGGCCAAGCAACAUCUGGGACAGCAACGAACCUUUUGGUCCCUUGCAACGCAACUGGAGAGAUACUUUCUGUGAAUCAGAGCUGCGGUGGAUGUCUAGCAACUCCCACCAACCAUUUUUACCGACUUGUUUCUAGUUGUAUGCAUGUAAGUUCUUGUACUCACAAAAUAAUAACUGGUUAUUGGGUGGGGCCAGAUAUAGAUGAUGGUUGGGGAUUUGUAGAAGGUUUCGUUAAUCAAAUUACUUGAUUUUAUUUUAUCAUGAAUGAUAUGACUGGCUCAUUUCAUUUUUCUUGUACUGUAGACUGAUGUUGAAGUGAAUAUCAGAAAUAUCAGAGAAUGAUGAAUUUCUUUUUAUAA